AUGUUCCUACUCAUUGUGGUACUCAUUACAUCCACUUUUGCUAUCACUCCAAGUCAAGAGAAACUGCUCGACGAAAUGAAAGAGACCCAAAGGCUCGAAGUAGACACAUUGGCAGACAAACUGGCAACAAAACAAACAACCGCCGUUGUCCAACACAUCCCACGCCCUUAUUCAACAUAUUUCCAAAAGAUGAUGAACACUGAAAACGAUGACAAACCACUUAACAUCCAGUCACGGUACUCGAAACCUAUCAAACAUUCCCAUAAAAAGGUCGGACAUGUUCUCGACGAGAUAGGAGGAAGUAUCCAUGGAAGACAUGGCUUUGACUACGCUCAUACCAGAGAUGUGAAAACAAAACACGGCCGCUCUUAUUCAAAGAGUUCCGUCAGUUAUUAUACUUCCGAUCCUUCAAACAAGAACUUUGCAAAUCAAUUCUUCCAAAACAAAGACGGCGAUCUUUGGUUUUAA